GGCCCCGGGGAUCCAAGACACCGCCCGCGCGCAGUCUCGGGUCGCUGCCUCCCGGGGGCUUUUGCCAGCGACGCCGCGGGCCUGCGUGCUGGGGCAGCGGGCGCUUCUUCGACCUCGUCCUCCUCGUUCUGUGCGGCCGGGUGAGGCCGGGCCCGCGUAGGGUGCAGGCGGCGGCUGCCUCCGGCGGAGGUGCCUCGCGGCGCCCGGGCCGGCCCGCGCCUCGGCGGCGUGCUCCAUGCAUCCGGAGCCCGCCCCGCCCCCGAGCCGCAGCAGCCCCGAGCUUCCCCCAAGCGGCGGCAGCACCACCAGCGGCAGCCGCCGGAGCCGCCGCCGCAGCGGAGACGGGGAGCCCCCGGGGGCCCCGCCGCCGCCGCCGCCAGCCGUCACCUACCCGGACUGGAUCGGCCAGAGUUACUCCGAGGUGAUGAGCCUCAACGAGCACUCCAUGCAGGCGCUGUCCUGGCGCAAGCUCUACUUGAGCCGCGCCAAGCUCAAAGCCUCCAGCCGGACGUCGGCUCUGCUCUCCGGCUUCGCCAUGGUGGCGAUGGUGGAGGUGCAGCUGGAUGCUGACCACGACUACCCGCCGGGGCUGCUCAUCGCCUUCAGCGCCUGCACCACAGUGCUGGUGGCUGUGCACCUGUUUGCACUCAUGAUCAGCACCUGCAUCCUGCCCAACAUUGAGGCGGUGAGCAACGUGCACAAUCUCAACUCGGUCAAGGAGUCCCCCCACGAGCGCAUGCACCGGCACAUCGAGCUGGCCUGGGCCUUCUCCACCGUCAUCGGCACGCUGCUCUUCCUGGCCGAGGUCGUGCUGCUCUGCUGGGUCAAGUUCUUGCCCCUCAAGAAGCAGCCAGGCCAGCCAAGGCCCACCAGCAAGCCCCCCGCCGGUGGCGCAGCCGCCAACGUCAGUACCAGCGGCAUCACCCCGGGCCAGGCAGCCGCCAUCGCCUCGACCACGAUCAUGGUGCCUUUCGGCCUGAUCUUUAUCGUCUUCGCCGUCCACUUCUACCGCUCACUGGUCAGCCAUAAGACGGACCGACAGUUCCAGGAGCUCAACGAGCUGGCGGAGUUUGCCCGCUUACAGGACCAGCUGGACCACAGAGGGGACCACCCCCUGACGCCCGGCAGCCACUAUGCCUAGGCCCAUGUGGUCUGGGCCCUUCCAGUGCUUUGGCCUUACGCCCUUCCCCAUGACCUUGUCCUGCCUCAGCCUCACGGACAGCCUGUGCAGGGGGCUGGGCUUCAGCAAAGGGCAGAGUGUGGAGGGAAGAGGCUUUUUAUAAGAGAAAUUCUGCACUUUGAAACUGUCCUGUAAGAGAAUAAGCAUUUCCUGUUCUUCCAGCUCCAGGUCCACCUCCUGUUAGGAGGCGGUGGGGGACCAAAGUGGGGCCACACACUUGCUGUGUCCCCUCUCCUCCCCUGUGCCAGUGCCACCUGGGUGCCUCCUCCUGUCCUGUCCUGUCUGCCUCAACCUCCCUCCCGUCCAGCGUUCAGUGUGUACGUGUGUGUGUGACACAUAAAUACACUCAUAAGGACACCUC